AUGCAACAACCACUCCCAAGCGGAGAAAUUCCACCGGAAGCCUCAAGUGACUUGGAGCCCGUUGCCAAAGGCAGCAAUGAGCUCUCAGUCCCGACAAGCAAUGAGGUGGAGUUAGACCCGUCUCAAGAUGGACUUUACAGCUGGAUCUGUGUUGCCUGUGUUUUCCUUCUGAAUAUGCAUACGUUUGGCAUCAAUGGCUGUUAUGGCAUUUUUCUGUCCUACUAUCUCUCAUCGAAUACGUUUCCUGGGGCCACAUACAUCGAUUACGCUUUAGUAAACGGUCUUUCCAUAUCCCAAGCAUUAUUCGUCUCCCCGUUGGUCACCUACACCACGCGACUCUAUGGCACUCGGACAACUCUGCUUAUCGGCAGUUUUCUAGAAGCUUCAGCACUGAUUGGGGCUUCCUUCUCGACAUCAAUAUGGCACCUGUUCCUCAGCCAAGGCGUUUGCUCGGGAUGGGGAAUGGGGUUUCUUUUCCUGGGGACCAUAGGUAUUGUUCCUCAAUGGUUCACUAAGAGACGCUCUCUGGCAGCGGGCCUCGCAUCCGCAGGCGCUGGGACCGGCGGAUUAGUCUACAAUCUUGCUGCAAAUGCUAUCAUCCGCAAUAUCUCAUUGAGAUGGGCAUACAGGAUUCUAGCAAUCAUUGCCUUUACCAUCAACUCGACUUGUGCCUUCUUCAUAAAAGAUAGGAACCAGAGGAUUGGUGCUGUACAGAAGGUCUUUGACUACAAGCUAUUCAGCGAUGCAGAGUUCUUAGCUCUUUCUGCGUGGUCUGUUUUCAGCAUUAUAGGUUAUGUGAUUUUGUCGUUUUCUCUGCCAGCAUAUGCACUUAGCAUCGGACUGACAACUCAACAAGGUGCGAUCAUUGGAUCAAUGUUGAAUCUGGCACAGGCUGUUGGAAGACCUUGUGUAGGUUAUUUCAGUGAUCGUGUAGGGAGAAUCAACAUGACGGCUAUUGCAAGUCUUGCCUGUGGGUUGGCUUGUCUUUGCAUUUGGAUUCCUGCAAGGGGUUUCGCAGUUGUGGUUCUCUUUGCGAUAUUUUCUGGACUCUUUGUGGGGAACAACUGGGCUGCAACAGCACCGGUUUCUGCAGAGAUGUUCGGAAUUCAACUGCUACCUUCCAUUCUCUCCACUCUUUGGCUCCUGCAAACUUUGCCAGGCACUUUUGCUGAACUUAUUGCCCUUGGACUUCGUCGUAAAGGUGGCCAAAAUACCUAUCGGCCAACGCAGAUCUUUACUGGUAUUCUGUAUGUCGGAGCUGCAUUAUUGAUGUGGUUUAUACGAGCAAGAAGAGUCCAACAGUCGCAGCCGAAUAUGGACUGUUCUCAAACCUCGAGCUCUCCUCAGGACCAAUCCCUUGCUAGACGUAAUAGAUCCAGCGAUAUCCGCCUCUUUCGUGCAGCAUUACAAUGGAAGAAAGUCUGA